AGAGAACAUGCCGGGGGGUGGAAGGUGCAAAAUGGCUGCGCCUGCGAGCUCGUGGAGCGAGUAAUGGGGCUUCUUGGGAAUAACCCCCUUUCUGCGAUCCCGAAAACAUCGUUUAGUAAGAUCGGGAUUUGCUGCUUGGGAGGGAAGACAUGGAUACUCCUGCAGACACCUGGGACAAUCUCCAUGCUCACUUAACUUUCCUGUGGCUGAACCGAUUUUACCUCUAUUCAUGUGCAGCUUUUGGAAUCAGCCUUUGGUUUUGCUUCCAGUUCCUCAACAAAGCCAAAGAGCAGAACAAAAAUCGCCUUGCAGAAUUAAACCUUUCUAAAAUCACAGCUGCCAAAAAAGAACAGCAAGAUCGAAGCUUUCAGAAAGUCCAUGUAGCUGGAGUGAAGGUAUUCUAUGGUUCCCAGACUGGAACAGCAAAGCGGUUUGCACUGGUACUUACUGAAGCUGUUGCCUCCAUUAAUUUGCCAGCAGAAAUUAUUGACAUGCAAGAUUAUGAUCCAGAUGAUUCUCUCAUAGAUGAGAUAAGCAGCCAGAAUAUCUGCGUGUUCUUAGUGGCCACUUACACUGACGGCAAACCAACGGAGAAUGCUGCAUGGUUCUGCAAGUGGCUGGAAGAGGCGGCCAAUGACUUCAGAGUUGGCAAAGCAUAUCUGAAGGGCUUGCGAUACGCUGUCUUUGGUUUGGGAAAUUCAGUGUAUGCUGACCACUUCAACACUGUGAGCAGGAAUGUUGACAAGUGGCUAUGGAUGCUGGGUGCUCGACGCAUUUUGUCAUGUGCUCGAGGAGACAGCAAUGUGGUGAAGAGCCAGCAUGGAAGCAUUGAGGCUGAUUUUGAGGCUUGGAAGGCCAAGUUGCUCGUGAGGCUUCAAGCUCUUGCCAAAGGGGAACAGAAGGCCUGUAGUGGGAGAUGCAAAAAAGAGCAAUGUAGAUCCAAAUCAAAAGUGAGCCAAGAAGCAAAAGAACAAGAGACCUCAGAGCAUGCGGAGAAAGAAGAAGAGGAUUUCUUUGAAACCACAAGUGAGGAGGAAUCUGAUACAGAGAAUGGUAGAGGUGCAGAUCAGGUUGUGGAUGUUGAAGAUUUGGGCAAAGUGAUGGACCAAAUGAAGAAAUCCCAGAAAGCGCAUCAGACUAACGGAGAGGUUCCCAUUGGAGUUGGAACUCAACAUGGCAGAGGGGAGGACGAGAGAAGAGAGAUGAUCACCCCUGCUCUUCGAGAUGCACUCACAAAGCAAGGUUAUAGAUUAAUUGGGAGCCAUUCUGGGGUGAAGCUUUGCCGUUGGACAAAGUCAAUGCUUCGUGGGAGAGGAGGCUGUUACAAGCACACCUUUUAUGGCAUUGAAAGCCAUCGCUGUAUGGAGACCACACCGAGCUUGGCUUGUGCUAAUAAAUGUGUCUUCUGUUGGAGACACCACACAAAUCCUGUUGGCACAGAGUGGCGAUGGAAGAUGGACCAGCCAGAGGUGAUCUUGAAGGAGGCCAUUGAGAACCAUCAGAAUUUGAUCAAACAGUUUAAAGGAGUCCCUGGCGUGAGAGAUGAUCGCUUCAGAGAAGGGAUGGAGGCCAAGCAUUGUGCAUUGUCCCUUGUUGGGGAGCCAAUCAUGUACCCCCAGAUCAACCAGUUCCUAAAGCUGCUGCAUCAUCGCAACAUUUCAAGUUUUUUGGUUACAAAUGCGCAGUUUCCAGAGGAAAUUAGGAAUCUCCAGCCUGUCACACAGCUGUAUGUCAGUGUGGAUGCCAGCACCAAAGAUAGUCUGAAGAAGAUUGAUCGACCUCUUUUUAAAGACUUUUGGCAGCGGUUCCUAGAUAGCUUGCAAGCCUUAGCUGAAAAGCGACAACGCACUGUCUACAGGUUAACACUGGUGAAAGCUUGGAAUGUGGAGGAGCUGAAAGCUUAUUCAGACUUGGUGUCUCUUGGCAAGCCGGAUUUCAUAGAAAUAAAGGGCGUGACAUACUGUGGGGAAAGUUCAGCCAGCAACCUCACCAUGGCCAAUGUCCCUUGGCAUGAAGAAGUGACGCACUUUGUGCAAGGCCUGGCUGACCUCCUCCCAGACUAUGAAAUUGCCAGCGAACACGAGCACUCCAACUGUCUCCUCAUUGCGCACAAGAAGUUCAAGAUCGAAGGGAAAUGGCACACCUGGAUUGACUAUGAUCGUUUUCAAGAAUUGGUCCAUGAAUAUGAACAGAGUGGAGGAAUUAAAACAUUCACUUCUGCUGACUAUGUAGCACUGACUCCUCCUUGGGCAGUAUUUGGAGCUAAGGAAAGAGGCUUUGACCCAGUGGACACAAGGUUUCAACGAAAAAACAAAAUAAAGGACAUCUCUGGAUGCUGACAACUUUAAAAUCGGACCAUACAAUCAGAGUUUUGGGUUUUUACACUAACAUCAGAAAGCGUUGCAUAAAACUGGAGACAUCUACCGUAUUUCUUUUGGGGCUGUCCAAAGUGGGUUUUUUUUUCCUUUUAUUCUACCCAGAGGAAAUUGGUAAGUUAUAUGUUUUUUAAAAGGCAGGUAGAUGCUAUGAAUUUAUCCUUCCCAUAUCUUGAAGU